AUGGCUUUCAAUCUGACCUGGGUUUCUGUCAUACUUUGUUGUGUUUUUGCUUCUUUAGCUGGAGUAUCCAAUGUUUCUAAUGAUUAUCUUCCUUUGUGGAGCAAAAUCCCUAGUCAGUUUAGUGACUACAGUGUAGAAAAUGGAAAGUACAUCAUUAAUCCAUGGAAUUACCUGGAGAGAAUGGGUAUGUAUAAAAUCCUGUUGUAUAAGACUGCCAAAUAUUUUGAAAAAUUUGCUCCAAGAAAUGAACAAAACAUCUUAUGGGGAUUGCCUCUGCAACAUGGAUGGCAAUAUCAUACAGGCAGAUUAGCUGACCCCACCCAAAAGACAGACUGUGGCCUUGACUCUGGGGAUCAUCUGUGUAUCUCUGUGGACAGUUGGUGGGCUGACUUUAAUUAUUAUCUUUCUGCAAUACCCUUCCUUGCUGCAGUUGAUUCUGGCAUAAUGGGGAUAUUAUCAGACAAUGUCCUUCUUCUGCCACCACCCAAGGAUCAGAUGAAUUUUUGUUAUAAUGUUUCUAGCUGCCAUUCAUCCUUUCCGGAAGUAAUGAGAAUGUGGAAUGAAUUUUACCAGCAUGUAAAGUCACCUUCUGCUAGCUUUGAUGACCUCUUGAAAUACUUAUGGGAUGCACAUGUCUCAUCUAUGGAGGUUGCUCACAGAAAUUUUCAUAGUAGGUUAAAAUAUUAUUCUAAGCAAGAAGCAGAUUUUCAGAGAAGCUGGGCCCUGUUUGUGGAUUAUUUAGCUCCAUCACUCUUUCCUACAACUUUCAUUAGAGUAUGUGAAUUCCACAAGGGUCUGCCACCACGAAUACUUAUUACUGCGGAUAGAGCUCCCUUCAUCAGCGACUUCACUGACUUUCAGAAUAUAGUCCUACUUGCUCUAAAAUUCCUCCAUAAAAUGCAUAAGUAUACAGCUCUCUUAUCCAGCGGCUGGGAGAGCAACAAAGAUGGCCCAAGUAUUGGAAACCCUAUCACCUGUGUAGGAGAUCUCGAUGGAGUUCCAGGAUUUGCCUGGCUGUGGCAUGACCCAGCUCCAGCCAUUGCAGCUUUUUGA